GUUAACUGCAUUGGGUUGCAAAUACAGUAGUGUAUUUGUUUAGACAUCGAAACUCAUAUUUUGUUUAAUUGUCCCAUCUGCAGAAGAAAUCCAAGAUGUCCUCCAGCCGUAAGCAGAAUCUGAAGAGCUUGAUGCUCCAGAUUGCCAAGCAGGAACUUCAGAAGGAGGAAGAAGAAAGAGUAGCUGAGAAGGAGAAUUACAUGGCGGAGCAUUGCCCUGAACUGAGCCUGGGUAGUUCCAUCCAGGAGUUACAGGAUUUGUGCAAACAGCUCAACGGAAAGAUUGAUUCUAUUGAUGAGGAGAGAUAUGACUUGGAAGCCAAAGUUAAGAAGAACAACAAGGAUAUUGAUGACCUGAAACAGAAAGUGUUUGACCUAAAAGGCAAGUUCAAGAAACCAGUUCUGCGCAAAGUGCGUAUGUCUGCUGACGCUAUGCUGCAGGCUCUGCUGGGCUCCAAGCACAACGUGUCCAUGGACUUAAGAGCCAACCUGAAACAAGUGAAGAAAGAGGAGAAAGAGGCAGAUCUGCGCGAUGUUGGUGACUGGCGUAAGAACAUUGAAGAUAAGGCUGGCAUGGAAGGCAGGAAGAAGAUGUUUGAAUCUGAGGCUUAAACAGUGCAUCAGCAGACAUUUUUUGUUUCUAAUACAUUUUAUGUAGGCCAACACUGCAUUACCCAUAAGUCUUAAAUGCACUUCUCUCUUCUGCUGACCCUGCAGGUGGACUUUGGAAACUGGGUGGGGGUCACAGCUGUUGCCAUAGUGAUAACAAAACACACAGCUUUGGAAACAGUUAAUGCGCAAAAGAUAUGUUUUGUUUAGAGAUAUAUUUUAGUGCAAUGUAACAGAUGUAAAUAAACUAUUUAAAGAAAGCUUUCAUUUUUAA